CGUUACCCUUGCCUGUGUGACAGCGUUAGCUGCUGGAAACAUUUUAGGUACCUCUUGUUCGUUUUUUAAAGUUUAGUCAGGCUUCUGCUUAGCUAACCAUUUGAUUUGUUUUUAUCGGGUCCACGCUAAGCUCAGGUAAUAUGCAAAACAACGAUAAACUACUGGCUAUUUUAUUGUCACCUAGCUAACUACUGUAGUUAGCAGGUGCGUCGCAUUAUAAAUAGUUUGCAUAACUAACAGUUAGCUACGUAAUGAGUCAACUAGCUACAGCUGAGCUGGCUGUAGUGCAUCAACUAUCAAGUUGUUUUUUUUCGUGUACAUUUAUGCCACGUUCACAUGCUAGUCUGAACUAGGAAACUCGGAAAUGUCCGACUACUAAUUAGUGUGAACGCGGCAUAUUAAUUGACGCGCUUUCUCUAAACAUUAACACGCAUCGCUUAUUGUAAGUUUUUGGAAACAUACGGAACGUGUCUUUCAUAUCAGCGAGAAAUCAUUUUCAAAAAACAAAAGGUUACAUUUACUACACCUUUUUAUAGGGUUAGUGUUCACACAUGGCCAUAUCUCCAUGUUACAUCGCAUGUUUACAUAAAAAAAAUAGGCAGCCAACCUGUGCUAAUUAGUUAUCUGACGUGCCCCUGAACCCCUGUGUGUAAACAUAACUGGUGAGAAAGUGUAGUUCGUCAGUUGGAGGCACACAGUAUGUAGAUCUGUGCAAAACUGCUACAGGAAGUGUAGCUCUCAAACUCUAGGCGGCAAUCUGCCUUCUCUCUACAGUUUUCAGUCAUUAACUUCGCCCACGAUUACUGUGUGAACUACAAUCCCGACUCUAAUGUUUUAUAAAAAGUCAAUAAUCAUCGCUGUGAUUCGUCUUUCGAAACAUAUGGCACUUUCAUCAGCGAGAAAGAAUCCUUCAAAUAAAAAAGUUACUUACUCUAGCAGUUUUACAUAGUCGAGGUACAGCUUCAUCAAUAUAACUGGUGCCCCCUGCAUACCUACAGAAUAUGCAUACCCUGCAUACAUACCUAUAUAUAGCCUCGCUGUUGUUAUUUUAUUGCUGCUCUUUAAUUGUUUGUUACUUUUAUUUUUCUUUAGGUAUUUUUCUUAACGAUGUUGUUGGUUAAGGGCUUGUAAGUAAGCAUUUCACUGUAAGGUCUACUACACCUGUUGUAUUCGGCGCAUCUGACAAAUUACAUUUGAUUUGUAGGUGCCUCCAUCUGACUAAACUACACUUUCUUUACACUUCCCGAGUUACACUUACAUUCAGUUGUUUGGAGCAUGCUAAUUAGCACAGGUGGACCCCUUGUCUUCCGUAAACAAGUUCUGGAACAUGGAGAUAUGGCCAUGUAGGAACACUAACCCUAUCAAGGCGUGUAUCAAUUUAAACUUUUGUUAAAAAAUAUAUUUCUUGCUGAUAUGAAAGAAAAGGUCCUUAUACUUCCCGAAACUGUAGUUUUUGUGUCUUUUACAUUUGGUUUUGUACACCAACUUCAAACAGCUGAAAAUACAAUAUUUGUUGUUAAUGAGAAUAUAUUUCACAGUGGUUUAAUAGUACAAUGAUUGCUUGUUUUGUCACAUAUACUGAAAUUAGGCAGACUUAGAAUUUUAGCGACCAUGAAAUGGAGGAGCGGUUUCUGUAUGUUGCACCUUUAAUGGUAAAGUCAAUCUCAAGAACUAGCCAGAAAUAUGCAUACCAUCAAAUAGUGGAUCAUAAAACAUAAACAAUGGAGCAAAUCCCUUGAUUACAUUUUCACUUGGCUACUACAGGUUAUAAUAUUUGCACCUAUUUCAGUCCAAGUUGAGCACUGCCAAUAACUGUAUGCAAUGUUCUACUAUAUGCGGCAUAAGUGUAAACCAUCUUUGCUAUAGCUUUCAGCCAGCUGUAGACGUGGAAAGAUGCAGGGCAUAGACAUCCUGGAGAACUUUGAGAUCUACAUCCCGAAAGAGGCAGAGGUGAAAAUCACCUCUAUUCAGACUCUGCCAACCUCCAUCUUGAGAAGGAUGGGGGUGCCCCACUCUCAGGGUGAGAGUGCAAAGAGAGGGUCCUCGCCUUUGGCCAUGUGGAUCUCGCCAGUGGUCAUCCGAGAGAGAGGCUGUUCACCGACCAGCCCCACAGUGGACACUGCCAAGAUUAACCUGGCCUCACUGGUGACCACAGAACCCAAGGCAGCUCAGGGUCCCUUCUUGAUGCCAUUCGUCUCCUCCAGCGGCACGGCCUUCAAUGUCCUCAGGGAGUUCUUGCCCUCCAGACAGAACUUCCAGCAGGGUACUGCCACCCAGAUUGAACCCAUCCCCCAUGGCCUGCCCUCUGUCCCCCACCAGGAUGCCAUCAUCAUCCACAAGGGGAGGAUCUUCCUGUCAAUCAAGAAAGCAAAGACUGUCAGAGGAAAGAGGCAGCACAGCCCUGACCUGGAUAACUCGUUGUCUUCCGAGGCCCCUCAGACCACACAGCGAAAACUGAUGUUCCUCUCACCUGCCAAGAAGAGCCAGAAGUUCUGCCCCGCAUCUCCAAAGCCGUCUCCUAAAAAGCCCCAGGGGAAGUGGGCAUUGCUGCAGAGGUUCGGCCUGACCCACCAAGUCCAGGUGAAGUUGUCCAGAAUCCCCCAGGGGGACAUUGCGCCACAGCAGACUGCCGAACAGGGUCACUCAGCGGAAGAGGAUCCUAACACAGAGCAAGAUCAAGUCAUACGGAAGUUAUUGAACGCCAACAGGUUGUUAAAGGAGACACCUGGCAGAUGUCCUGAACAGGAGAUGGAGUUGGUGACUCAAGAGGAAGACAAGCCUUUGAAUGAGGAGACCCAAGAAUCAUUAUCAAAGACAGCAAAUCGGCACCCUUGCUCAAGCGAAGGCUUUCAGGGCAGAGGUGGGAUUACCAGUGAGACAGAUGAUGAUGCUCAGGAGGAGGAGGAGCCUGAGGAAGAGGGAUGUCACAAUUUGGGUAGUGUCAAACAACGACGAGUUGAAGACAAAGGUAAGAGUGGGGCAGAGGGCCAAGCCACCAAUGGGGAUGAGUCUGAGGUGGAAGAUCUCUCUGUUACGGCUGUUGCUUUGAGUGACAGCUCACCUCCACCAGAGGCCCUGAAUGCAGACCAAAGCAGUGAUACGGUUAUGCAAGUUGACUUCGCGGGGGACAGUGUUCAGAGUUGGACGGCGGAGUGCCCAAUCAUACCCGCUCUAGCCCCCACCCCCAAAGAGCACCAUGGUUUUGACUUUGAGCAUUCGGCCCGUGAGGAGAGGAUCAACCGUAUCAGGGCCAAACUGAGAGAGAGAGAGGCUGCCCUCAACAACCUACGCUCUCCAAGUUGACUGUCUCCAAAGUGGGAAACAGUUAUUUCUAAGGGCCCUCACAGGUGUUGAAUGGCAUGAACGAUUAUUCCACACACUUUCAUUUAAGCGCUGCUAGAACAUCCAUUGUGUAACUGGUAAAGUAUUAUUAUUAUUUGAAUUUUUUUUGGAACCAAUAAACUUCUCCACUCCUUAUCUUUCAAGACCUGUGAUCCAUCAUCUUAUGAUGGGCAAAAAAAAAUUACGUUAGAAAUAACUCAAAUCUAAAUUCUAUAAUUUUAUUAGAAAAUUCAGAAGGACUUUUUACUUUUCGUUUGAUUAUAUCUGAUGUGAAAACAGCGUUUGUUUGAUCAAACUUGCCCAGAUAUCGAAUUUGAAGAUUAGUUAUUAGAGUUGCAGUUAUUCUUUUAGGGCACGAUUCAGACUUUUUUUUACACAUUUUGAUUUUGCGCACUUCUCAGUUGUUGGUGUUCAGAAUUGAUGGGCUUUGCAGGUGUGGCUCCCUUGCUCUCACUGAAUAAAUAUAAUUAAAAUACUGAAAACCCUCCCACUUGCUGGCCAACAGAUUUUCUUGUUGAAGAUUCAUUUAAAUACUGUGUACCUUUUUAAAGCUACAAUAUGUACAUUUUUGACCAGACCAAAUUCUCAUAGAAAUUUGUUUUAUAGAUCUGUCAUUCUCAUUGAAAGUAAGUCUAAAAAGCAGUUCUAUGUGCGCCAUUUCUAUGCUUCCCGUUCGUAAGUUUAGAUUUAGCGUCUUUCGGUUUUGUACACCAGAUUCUGACAGCUGGUUUAGAUGGUACAAUAAUUCUCUACACCAAACAUUGCUUGUUUUGUCACAAUCUGAAAUAAGGCAAACUUCGAAUUUUAGCAACCAGAAAAUGGCAGAGCAGUUUCUGAAUAUUGCACCUUUAAUUCAAAUUUUCUCGACAUACUCAUUAGAAUAUAUUGAGAGAACGAGAUCAGAAUAGGGAUCAAUGAAAGACACAUACUGCGUUGUCUUGUCUGUGUUUUUUAGGAUUGUUGUGCUGUUGGAAGGGGAACCUUUGCCACAGUGUGAGGUCCUGAGCGCUCUUUAGCAGGUUUUCAUCAAUGUUCUUUCUGUACUUUGCUCUGUUCAUCUUUCACUUGAUCCUGACUAGUCUCCCAGUUCCUGCCACUGAAAAACAUCCCCACAUCAUGAUGCUGCCACCACCAUUCUGCACAGUAGGGAUGGUGCCAGGUUUCCUCCAGACGUGACGCUUGGCAUUCAGACUAAAUAGUUCAAGCUUGGUUUCAUCAAACCAGAGAAUCUUGUUUCUCAUGGUUUGAGACUCUUCAGGUGCUUUUUGGCAAACUCCAAGCGGGCUGUCAUGUGCUUUUUUUACUGAGGUGUGGCUUCCGUUGGGCCACUCUACCAUAAAGGCCUGAUUGGUCGAGAGCUGUAUAGAUGGCUCUCCUUCUGGAAGGCUCUUCCCAUCUCCACAGAGGAACUCUGGAGCUCUGUCAGUGACCAUCGGGUUCUUGGUCACCAACCUGAGCAAGGCCCUUCUCCCCCGAUUGCUCAGUUUGGCCAGGCGACCAACUCUACGAAGAGUCUUGGUGGUUCCAAACUUCUUCCAUUUAAGAAUGAUGGAGGUCCCCUUCAAUGUUGCAGACAUUUUUUGAUAUCCUUCCCCAGAUCUGUGCCUUGACACGAUCCUGUCUCGGAGCUCUACGGAAAAUUCCUUUGACUUCAUGGCUUGGUUUUUGCUCUGAAAUGCACUGUCAACGGUGGGACCUUUAUAAAGACAGGUGUGUACCUUUCCAAAUCCAACUUACCACAGGUGGACUCCAAUCAAGUUAUAGAAACAUCUCAGGGAUGAUCAAUGAGCACAAUUUCAAAUCUCAUAGCAAAGGGUCUGCAAAGUGAUAGUUAUGUAUGUAGGUAUUACUGACAGUGGCUAAUAUUUAAUCCAAUAACAAUUGUCAAAACAAACAACUGAAAAGUCAGGGCAUAUAAUUGAAACAUUCUAGAGUGCAUAAAUCAUCUCGGUAGGUUCGGAGUUACUGUCAAUGUGCACAGGUUACCAUAGGCUACAGCCUCGGCUUGAAUCUCCAAAUUUCAGCCCCUCAAAUGAUGAAGCCAUAGUCCUACAAUUACAAUUCUGAAUAACAUCACUGCUGUUUAUACUUCAUUGUGGAAAUACCUAACAAGUUGACAUGCUUUUCAGUUUGCUGAAAUAUGACUGGUUUCACAUUUUGUCUCCAGUGAUCAUAAGGUAAAAUGUAUUUAAGCAAUUAAAUCAUAUUUACAGUCCCCUUAUCCAAAUUGAUUACUCAUUUCCCUAGCUCUUAUCAAUGUAUAAAUGACAGUGCUUGGAGAUUGGUGUUAUUUUUAUUGGGGGGGGGGAAUAAUUAGCUUUUCCACUUAGAACUGACAGGUUGCUCGACCAUCACAGUUUCCUCUUGAGUCAAGGUUGUGGAAUUAUGAGGGAAUUCAGUCAAGUUCAGAAUACAGCGUACCUGUAAGUCACACCUCCACCUCACCUUAAUUUCUUUGAUCUCCACAUCAAAUGCUUACCUUAGCUGGCACUGGCAUUUCCCCUAGCACAAGUUCAAGGUCAGAAUACGCAUAGAGAGAAGUGCCUAAAAACUGAAUAAAGUUCCAUUCAAGCGUGUGUAACUCGGGUCUGAAUUCUCCCUUUAGAAAAACAAUUAGUUAUUUUUUAUUUUUUUUACAUUUUGAACAUUGUCACUCACUUGUGUUAAAAGUACAAGUUGUAUCCUAUUCUCCCCCCAGUUGGAACAGUAUUUAUACUGCGGGUUGAAUAUUUUUUGUUUUCAAGAUGUUUGUUAGAUGAUACUACAUAAGUUAUUACUAGAUGCUGAAAAUGAGUCCCUCAAGUUGUUACAUUUAUAAGUGGAGGAAUCAUUCAGGAAGCACAACACCCAGGUCGCCACCUGUGGCAGCAAAGUCUUACUGUGAUCGACUAGUCAAUGGGAAGUUUGAGUUCUGCCAAAUAACUUUUGUUUUGUGUCGUCUCAUAACAUCGACCUUGUGCAAUAAAGCAACCAAUGUUUGUA